UACUAUUUCAAGUCUCAGGCUAUGGUAUAAAAAGGUGUUAAAAGAAAAGGAGAAAUACCAUUCAACGCCGCCGAGAUAUAUGGUGACGCUGGCUAUAAUCGACGGUCCGAAGGCAGAAGUCGACAUGAAUUCGAAGAUUUCAAAACAAUCUUUGGAGACCGAGUUUGAGAAAAUGGAUCUCAGUGAAAGAAAAAUCCCUUCCUUUCACAAAAGAUCGAUAAGUGAUACUAUACUUUACAUCGGCAUUGAUCCUGAAAAUUUUCUUUAUGAUAUCAAUAAUUUCACUGAGAUCGGAGAUUCUGAUUCUUCUGAGGCAAAUACUUUAGAUAUGAAUGAUAUUACAAACGAAGAUAUGGGCGAUUUUGUUGAUCUUGGCCAGUAUGACGAAGAGCUGAAGGAACCAACAAGUGAAUAUUUUGGAGAUGUAGAAGACGCUUACUAUGAAGAACUUUCGUGUUUGGAGGAAUUGGAGAAGGAUAUUGAAAUUCUCGAGGCGCAAAUAUCUUCUCUUAAAGUUCAAUUGAGGGAAUGUGAACGCAUGUGCCAAACGGCUGAUGAAGAAAGCAGAAUCCUGACGGCCAUGAUCGAGGAGGCUCGGGCUUAUCAGCCAGGCGAUCAUGUGGGUAUGGCUAGACUCAUCGAGUUGAUGGAUGAGCAGCAACGCUUGUGGAAUCUGCGAUUUAUGUGAGAUUUCAAAGCUCCGAGUGCCAUGGAAGAUCAGAGAAUGGUUAAAUCCUCUCGAAUAAAAUUGGAUGCAUCAACAUUUUGUCUUUUUUCAAUGUUUGGACCGACAGGCUGAGUUCCGUCGCAGUUUUAUGAUUUGAUAUUGUACCGGAUAUUUUUCGGAGUUAUAUUAUAUGCAGAAUAAGA